AUGGAGGAGACGAGUCACAGAAGUAGUAUAGAUUUUCAUGGUAAUGGAGAGGAAAGUUCAUUCGAGUUCUGGCCGGUUCAGCACCCCUCUGAACCGCCGGAGGAAGACAGACCCAUCGAGUGCCCAAUGCCUGCAGACUCAUCUGUUAUAAAUGGUAAUAACAAAUUGCAGCAGAAAUUUUCUGAGAGAUUGCAGAGAAACUCAGCAGUGUUCAACAGAGAAAAGAGACUGGAUCGUGUGCUUCCAAUUCGGGCAACACGCAAGAGGCAUCACGGAGAACCAAUGACAAAACCUUUAUUAGGGAGGCAUUCUCUUGACCAAUUUCUUCCACCCCGCGGUGUUACAAUGUUUCAAAUGCUAAACAAGUUCGAUUCUUGA